AUCAAGGGUAGGCUACGUGGGUCCUGUACAAUUCUACAGCCACCAUGUUUACCUUGAUGAGGACGUGGUUCAAACACUAAGGUGACUUAUACAACAGGUUGUGAAGCUGUGACAGUCAUGCCUUUUGCGGAGUUCAUAGCUGGGAGCAUUUCAGGUGCACUGGGACUGGCACUUGGACAUCCAUUAGACACUGUGAAGGUGCGUCUGCAGGCCCAGUCCAUGUAUAAAGGGAUACUUCACUGUGUGGCUAAAACGUACAGUCAUGAAGGGCUCCAUGGUUUCUUCAAGGGCAUGGCAUUUCCUGUGCUGACAACCGGCAUCAUCAACUCCAUUGUUUUUGGCUCUUACUCUAACGCCUUAGAUUACCUUACUCAGUCUCAGCGCUGUGACCGUAGCAAACCGGCCUCGACUGCACACGUCUUCACUGCUGGCUGCUUCUCAGGUCUGAUGCAGGUGUUUGUUUGUGCACCUGUCGACCUGGUGAAGGUGCGUCUGCAGGGUCAAACAUCUGCUCACCGAUACCGUGGACCCAUUCACUGUGUUUCCGUCAUCCUGAGGGAGGAAGGACCCAGAGGUCUGUUCAGAGGAGGGCUGGCUCUCGCCCUGAGGGAUGUACCCUGCUACGGACUCUACUUUAUGCCCUAUGAGGUCACUCGAUUGGCUCUGACAGGGAGCGGCAAAGAAUCAGAUACCUUUGCAAUAUUGAUGGCCGGUGGCACGGCAGGAGUGGUGACCUGGAUCUUUGCCACGCCCAUGGACGUGGUGAAAGCCCGACUCCAGAUGUCAGGGGCAGGCGGACGGGUAUACAGCGGAGUCCUGCACUGCCUGAGAGUGAGCGUGAGAGAGGAGGGAGCCAGGGUCCUUUUCAAAGGCCUACUACUGAACAGCCUGAGGGCCUUUCCCGUCAACGCCGUCACCUUCCUAAGCUACGAGAGUCUGAUGAAGAUGUUCUGUCCGCCAGCGAGAUGACGUGAUGUCUUACAGUGACAAACUGUUUGUCCUGCAAACUGAAAACCUUCUGUCCAGUCUCACUCUGGUGUCUGGAACACAGUGGACAAUGUUUAGGUGCUAGCUGUAAAAAUUAAACUAAACUGUUGUUAGACCUCUUUGUCCUCUUUAAUAAUAUCAUAUGUGGAGGAGGCUCCUCAGGUGGUGGGGGGAUUUGACAUUGUUAAGAUUCAACUAAAUUAAAGUGACAACUGAAACAUC